AAGCAAAAAUCCAAACUGAUUUUUAAUUAAGAAAACAAUAAAAUCAAAAAUGGAAAGUAUAAUGAAUCAGAGAGUCGGUAUGGGCAGGAGAAGCAGAUAUGACAGUUAGACGGCAUGUCAUUUCAGAGACACAAACACACAUUACUACUACUAACAUUCACUCUCUCAAAUCAAUCACUGUUUUUUUCAUCAGAGUUAGAUCCCAUUUCCCCAUUUUCACUUCUAAUCUUGAUUUUGAUGUACUCUCCACCAAAUUCAUGUUUCUGAGCUCCAAGUAAGGAAGUAUUGGUCGUAGCAAUUUUUUCUUCUUUAUUUUGUUGUUGUUGUUGUUGCAGUGGAGAGGAGAAUGAAUCGGUGGUGUGUUCCUGAUUUUGAAGUAGAAGAAGACCACCACUUAAUCCCAUCUUCUUCUGGAUUACACCGCCCUCCUAAUAAUAAACCCUCAAAACAUGGAGGAGAUGAGCUAGUGGAGCUCUUAUGGGAGAAUGGACAACUUGUGAAUCAGAAUCAUAAAUCACAUAGGAAGAAAACCCAUCAUUACUCAAACUCAAAAUACCCUUAUCAAUCACCACAAGAUGAUUUUGGGGGUGCAAGUAUCAGUGGCAGAAGAGAAUUUCAGGAUAUGGGGUCUCGGCUUAUGGAAGAAACAGGGGAGGGGGGAGCAGCAACUGGGAGCCAACAUCUCUUUAUGGAAGAAGAUGAGAUGGCUUCUUGGUUGCAUUACCCUCUCUCUCCGGAUGACAAUUCCGCAUUCCGACCAAGAUUCGGCGCAGAUGAUAAUCAUAAUAAUCUUGUUUAUGCUACUCAAUUUGGGGGUGAUUAUACUCCGCCACAACCGCAGCCGCAGCCGCCUGUGAAUAGGAUAACUCAGAUUAUAGAUGACCACCCAACAGAACAUAAACUCCCAGCACCUACUCCUCCAGAACAUAAACUCCCAGCACCUACUCCUCCUACUCCUCCAGAACAUAAAUUCUCAGCAGCUGCUCCUACUCCUGCUCCUCAUAGGCCGCCAAUACCAACACCAAUGUCAUCAUCUUCGUCAUCCAAAUUCCAUAAUUUUGGGCAUUUCUCGCGACACAAAAUGCUGCAAAGUGAUGAAUCUCAACCAACGACUUCAGAUAAGAUGAGGACUGGAUCAGCAGUAUUGGGAAGUUCUUGCGAGACACCGCCUAUGUGGGCAAGUAAGAGUAGUGAUACAGCAGUGCCAGAAAAAGAUGAAGCAGCGGUGGCCUCUGAGCAGAUGACAACAAGGACAUCCUCUUCCGCUGGUUCAGGUGCUGGUGCCGAGCCGUCAACAAAAAUGCCUACGGAGGACCGUAAAAGAAAAGCGAGAGAAACCGACGAACAGGAGUACCAAAGUGAGGAUGACAAGUUCGAAUCUGUGGACACAAAGAAACAAGCUCGUGGAUCAACAUCUGCAAGGCGAGCUCGUGCCGCUGAGGUCCACAAUCUCUCUGAGAGGAGACGUCGAGAUAGGAUAAAUGAGAAGAUGAAGGCCUUGCAAGAACUCAUACCUCGUUGCAAUAAGUCAGACAAAGCGUCAAUGUUGGAUGAGGCAAUUGAGUACUUAAAGUCGCUGCAGUUACAAGUUCAGAUGAUGUCGAUGGGAUGCGGCAUGGUCCCUAUGAUGUUUCCUCCUGGUGUUCAGCAAUACAUGUCCCCAAUGGGGAUGGGCAUGGGGAUGGGGAUGGAUUUUGGUUUGAAUCGACCAAUAAUGAUGCCAUAUACCUCAGUUUUAGCUCCUAGACCUCCCCAUUUGGGUCAGACUCCUCCUGUGCCUGGAUUUCGUGUUCCGCCUCCCCCUGCAAACACAAACAACUCGCUGAGACCCCCUAUUUUCCCUGCUGAUCCCUACCAAAAUUAUUUCAACAGCCUCCACAUGCAAGUACCAAGACGCCCGGAUCAGAAUGAAUCCAUGGCCCAGCCAUGCCCCAGCAAAGGUGCGAGGGUGACAACAACCACAAGCCUGGAUGAUCCUUGCUUUACUGCCACCACUGUUAAAGAGACAGAUGCAGGGACCAACCUACAAUUUGGUGGGUCCCGUGAUACUACCUUGAAGAUCACCCAGGCAGGGAGUCGACCAAUCUGAUAUUACUAAGUUUCAACUUCAGGAUCAUUGGAACAUUUCUCUGCCUUGGCUAGCUGUUCACUACUUUCUUACUAAGCUCAGGAUUGCUCGGCUUGAUAGUUUUGGCCAAUCAAAAAUUGGUCCAGUUCUUGAUGUAAAUAUACAUGGCUCGCCCGAGAUGCUGAAUGCUGCCUCUAAGUGAUCAUCACCCAUAAAGAUAUUUUUUAUUUGCGAAGUUUGAAGUAAUUCGGCUCCCUUGCAGACCAAGGAGUUGGAGAAGGUGGUCUUAAAAGGUUCUGUUGGAGCUAAAUUUUUGCAGAGAACCAUGAUAACAACUGCUGAAUAGUGUCAGCAUGUACUACUGAGUAUUAGGUUAUAAUGCGGCUAACACUUGUCUUUAAUCACACUGAAAGCACAAACAACAUAAAUCCACAUAUGACAUGCAUAUAUAAAUAAAUCCCAUGUCCCCCUUUU